AUGCUGUACGCCCUCGUACUUUCGCUGGUCUGCUUUGUUUGCGCCACCACCGCUACGGUCGCCGUCUUUCCGGCUGCUGUGCAGACACAAAUCGUCAACAACUUCAACAGCGUCCGCUCGCAAGCGGCCAGAGGAGUGUUGCGUUGGGCCAACUACACCGUGGACUAUGAUUAUGAGAUUCAGGGAGAGCCAUCUCCAUGGAAUAAGACCUACCCCAAGUCCACAAAACUGUACAGCUUGAAAUGGGACGCCACCCUCGCCACCCAGGCCGUCAACCGCCUGAAGACGUACACUGCAGCCAGCCACAACAUGACCUUUGCCCAGCCGGCCACCUACGGAGAGCUGACCCACGGUGUCAUGUACGGCAUCGCCCCCAACACCUACACGGCCGCUCAGAUGUUCACGAAAGCCUGGACCGGAUCGUGGUUCGGCUGGCUGCAGAGCUUUGGUCUGCCGAAGAUGGCCUACGCCAAGUCUGAUAACCAAUACCAGAAUAUGGCCUAUCAGCUUCUCGCCGGUACCUCCCAAAAAAUCGGAUGCGCCUACCGCAACGGAACUGGGACUGAUAACACCUGGUCGGUGGUAUGCGAAAUGACGCCAAGAGGUCUGACAGCCAAUGUAGCCGUCUACCCAGCCGGAGCCAUCUGCUCAGCUUGUCCAGCCGCCGCGCCGUGCCUCCCGAAGGCCAAGGGACUCUGCGUCCCCAAAGCC